UUCGGUGAAGAAUUUGAACCGAGUCGCGGAAGCAGCGGACAGACAGAGUACGCUUCGAUAUAGCUAGAAACUACCAUAUUUAUGUGGUUUCAGUGUAUUUUAAUUAAAGAAACCUAUUUUAGCCAACACAUUUUUUAUUUUAUUUAACCUGUGUUGUCUUUUUUCGGUGGACCGUGACCAUGAGGAGGAGUGAAAUCCAUGCUGCGGAGUCGGUAGAAUGUCUGAAUCGAGCCCUUAACCGGUUGAAGGACAUCUGGGAGGAAAUAGGAAUUCCAGAGGAUCAGAGACUACAAAGGACUGAUGUGGUUAGGAAACAUAUCAAAGGCUUGCUGGACAUGAUGAUUGCAGAGGAGGACAGUCUAAGGAAGAGAUUGAUGAGCAGCAUAGAAUCCUGUCGUAAAGAGCUGGAUGUUCUGUGUACUGAGCUUCAACUAUCCCCGUUUGAGGAGGACGAGGGGAGGACGAUGCUACAGCUGGAGAAGGACAUCAGGUCACGCCUGGAGGUGAUGAUGAAACAGAAGAGUCAGAGGGUUAAGGAGCUGAAGAGACUGUCCAAGCAGGACCGGGAGCUGUGUGACCUCAUGUGUUCAGUCCCCUUCUGUAUCGACAUGGACACGGUCCCUUCCCUGGAGCAACUGGACAGCUAUCGCUCUUACCUCAACGAUCUCACUAAAGAGAAGGAUCGUCGCCACGGUGAGUUUGUGGGUAUCAAGCGUCGGAUCAUUGUGUGUAUGGAGGAGCUGGACCAGCUGCCAGACACCAGCUUUGAGAGGGACGUGGUGUGUGAGGACGAGGAGGCCUUCUGUCUGUCCGGCGACAACAUCACAGCUCUCCGACUGCUGCUGGGACAGCUGGAGGAUCGUAAGACCGAGAAUGAGUUGGUGUGUAACUCCUACCGCAGUAAGAUCCAGGAGCUGUGGGAGAGACUGCAGGUCCUCCCGGAGCAACGAGAGAGCAUGUCUGAUCACAUGGUCCAGUCCAGGAAGAGAAACAUGGAUGCUUUGGAAGCAGAGUGCCGGCGCCUGGAUGAGCUGAAAAUGAAGAACAUGAAGAAUGUGAUAGAAGCCAUCAGGGCCGAGGUGGCUUUGUUCUGGGAGAGGUGUUUCUACAGCCUGGCGCAGAGACGGGCCUUCACACCCUACUAUGAUGUUGACUUCACCGUGGAGCUGCUCAACCUACAUGAGGCGGAGCUGCUGAGUCUGAAGAAGCAUUACGAAGACCACAGGAGCUGUUUGAAGGAGUAA